CUCCAAAUGCCAAAAACCCCAAACCCCUUAGCUCCAAUUUACCGCUUUCUCUCCCUCUUGUGAAUGUGAAUAAUCCAAAGAAAUCCUCUCUGAGUUCUCCAACACCAAAGGGUACGACUCCCUUUCUUUCACCAAGAAGGCCAACUCUGUAAAGAUGACAAUCAUUUCUGAGAAGCUCUAUAUGGAUACUCAAGAAUUUGAAGUCAAAGACAAUACCCAUGUGCCGCCCAAAGAUACAACAGAUGAUGGGUCUGUUAGGUGUUCACUGAAAAUUGAAGUAAUUGAUGAUACAGCAAUGAUUGAUAUCUCUCAGGGUGGAAAAAGUCGCACAGUUGAUAAAAGAUUCAAAUCACGAACAAAUAGGAAGAAAAAGAAUGCAAAUCAUCAAGUGGAAAAAGAGAAUGGAGAGAAAAUGGUGGCAAGAAAAGCAAAAGGUAGGAAUAUGGCAGAAGCCAAAGAAAAAAAUGUGCUCAUUUCUGAUGGCUGUAAAAGGAAAGGAGGAGAAGAGAAAAUGGCUUAUCGUAGAAAGGAGUUGGAAAAUUUGAGAUUUAUUGGAAUCGAAGAACAGAGGAAAAUGUGGGCUGAGGUGUAUUGUGGGCUUGAUGAUACUGUGCAAAAGGAAUACGAUGGCCUCCUUCGGUCUAAUACUCAAAAGCACAUUCGUGGGCACCUUGGAAAAGAAAAUACCCCUGUGAUUUCUGGUAAUGACCAUUCAGGGCACUCGGAUGAUCAAGAAGGGAGUAUAGACACUAGAUAUUCUCCUUCGGCAUUUCCUCUCAGUAGGGAUGAUGGCAUCUCUUAUGAGGGAAAAAGCGAUGUUUAUGAAGAAAGUGAUGAUAGCAAUGAUGAUUAUAGUAGCAUCCAAAGACCUGCCUUUAUAGUUACAGGAGAGCCUGACUUUGAUUCUGGUCCUCCUGAAGAUGGGCUUGAGUAUCUUAGGCGUGUCAGGUGGGAAGCAUUACAGUUGCCAAAAGUGAAGGUCGCAAAGGUUGAAGGCAGUAAACUAAACAAAGAACAGACGUCUUACAUGCCUCAAAUUCCUGAUAUUGCAAGCUGUCUAGAGCACUUGUUGCCGCUCAAGGAGUGGGAGGAAGCGUUCCUUGCUGAUUUUUCAGAGCUAAGACAGGCUUUAUCACGUUUGGAAGCUAAUGUUGGAACUUCUACUCAGCUGCGUUCAGCAACCUUUGUUGAUCAAGAAAACUCUUCAGAUCAGCUUCCUGAAAACAUUGUUUUGGAUAAGUUUGAUGGUUUGAUGUCAGGAGAAGACGAGUCUUGCCUAUCUGAUGCUGGUGAUGAUCCUGACCUGGGAAAUUCCAUACCAAAGUCAUCUCCUGCCGGAAGAUUUGGCAACAGCCCUACCUUGUCUGUUAUCUUACGAAUGGAUGCUGCAGGUCAAGUUUCAAUGUUAAGGAAGCGAAUUACAGCUGUGCAAAGCAUGAGUGCUCUUUCAAGGGAUGACUGCUUAUGGCUGUUUGCUCUGUGCGCUGCGGUUGAUACUCCUGUCAAUGCUGAUACAUGUGCAGCCCUACGGUCAUUACUCCGAAAAUGUGCAAGCUUGAGAGCUGAGAAGUCCAAACUCGAUGAUGAAGUUAUUAUGCUUAAUAUGUUGGUCACAAUAUCUGGCAGAUAUUUUGGACAGUCGGAACAAUGAAUAUAUAUUUCUCAAACAAAACUUCUCCAAUCGGCCUCUUUCUUCUCAUUAUUCUGUCGGGCCUAGGGUACAACGGCCUUUCUUAUUCCACUUUCUCGAAAUGUAGAGCAGCGAAUUUUUAUUUAAUCGAAAAGCCCUGUUGGGGGACUUGAACAAAAUAUACUUUUCAGUUUUCUUUGGUCAUGGUGUUCCCAUGAUAAUUUAUACUAAAAAAAGUAGAGUUGAUGUGAUGAACACUAUUAAACUGCUGUAAGACAAGAAUUUGGAGUGCUAAUAAUUUUAGAUGGAGGGUUCUUGCUAAA